GCGCACUGUGUGAGGCGAGCUUUAACCGAACGCGCAAGGACGCGCAAACCGCGCGCGUCGCCCCGCCUCGUCGUCCUUCAUGAAUUCGUCACAGCGCGACACGAGCAGCCCAUUCUCGGCUGACUUAUUUAUUGAUCCGCUUAGAUCGUCCGCAAGACGAGAGACCGACGUUGACGGAAAAAUUUCGCGCGAGAGGAGUAUCCGCAGUAUCCGCGGUCCUGAGGGAUUCAGCAAAGUGCUCGCGGCGUACAGCGCGCUGAGCAUGAGCUGCGCAUGAGCGUCGAAGAGCGGCGGACCAGCGAGUGGCCGCUUCUGCCUUUAGACGCGAUACCGUGCCGCCGAUCGCCGUGGCCAUUUCACGGGGGGAUCCGCGAAAUUCAAGCGUCACCGUCGCGAUCGCCUCACCGGAUCGCGGCGCCCCACGUCGCCGCCGGCUUCGACCUCGCACGCUCAUGUCGCUGUUCGCCUGUUGCGUCCGUCGGGCCAACCGAUCAACGGACGAGAUGCGUCAGCAGGCGCUGGCGAAAGAACCGCCGGAAAUAUCGUGGGAGAACACGCUCGGCUCGCCCAACGGCGUGCCCUUCGAUGACGACACGAAGGAGCUGCUGAAGAGAUGCCUGGACAUUUCGGUGCCACCGCCGACCAGCCUGUCGGAGUUAAUCAAGCGGAGCGACGCGUUUCCUGUCAAGUUUCCGAUCAGCACCAUGAGGUGCGCCGCCCUCAAGGACAGGGGGAUCAACCCGGAGACCAUCGAGUUGAACGCUAAUUCGGUGUACCCGCUGAUACACGAGGCGAUGCUGCCCCUGAUCGCCCGAUGGUUGAAGCACAAGCGGCUCUACGGCAGCGCGGUCGAAAAGGCUUUCUACAAGGACAUGAGCCUCAUCCAGUUGAUCCACCGGCUGCUGGACAAGAGGGCGGUCUUUUUCUACGACGCGAGUGACCAAUGGAAGUUGAUCGACAACAAGACCGGCUUCGACGGCUGGGAGAACGUCGGUACAGAUCACGAGAAAGAGCCGUUAGUCCUAACGAAAUGUCUCAGCUACGAUGAGAUCAAAUUAUCAGCGAUGAUGGUGGUGUCGUCUCACACGGAGUUCAUAAACGACGGCGCGCGAAGCAACAGAGGUAUCGUGAGCAGUGACCCAGACGCCGUUCAACCUCGAGGGGUUAUUAUGGGUGUCGUAGGCACAAGAUUCGAAAAGCCCCGUGUUAUGGAAUAUCAAGACAUCCUUAUCACACCGUUGCAGAACAACGUGGAUAAUGGGUACGGGCCCGCGAUGGACGGCACCGCCGAGGAAAAACGCGGGAUGUGUGUUCUAUGGGCAAAGUUUUACGGCGAGGAUUAUCAUCCUCUGUACGAGGAGACGGUGAAGCGCGUCAAGGCGAAAGACAACAGGCGUUACCUGUCGUUGGCCAGCCAGACGGUCUUCGACAUCGAGAACUACAUGAAGCGGAUGCUGCUCUCCGUAGAAAUAAUACUGCUGGAGGCAAACACUCGCGCCGAGAAGCAAAACACCACCGCCUUCCUGCACGUGGUCGGUUUUGGCCUGGGCGUCUGGAAGAUAAUUCAGGAUCAAGAAGUCUAUUUUCUGAAAACAUUCGAGAUCGCGAUCAGAAAAAUGAACAAGAAGCUCAAGUACGUUUCCGACAUUAUGUUCGCUUAUUUCCGGCAGCAGAAGUGCGGCGGCGCGGGGAACGGCGAUUAUCUUGGUGAUAUCAAGAUUCAUUUCGCCUUGAGGGAACCGCACAGCAGGCUGUUUCGUCCUAACGACGCGAACAAACUCCUCGUCGUGACUUACGCUUGGGACGGAAACGCGCUGCCAGGAAACGAAUUCUGGAAUGGUUAUUUGGAUGCCAGCGGCGAUCCGGCGGCGGCGUGCAGCACCCAAGUGGCCGAGCUGCACAAUCCCAAGAUCAAUCCGCGCGCGUGCGGCGCCAGCUUGCACGUCGCGUCCGCGGCGCAUGGAAUUCUGCAUAUAUCGGAUUACGCGAAGCUUCACCUUACUUAGGAAAGGGUUGGCCCGGCGGGCAACAGCGGGCUACGACGACCAUCCCGAUCGCCGCGCAGCCAGCGUAGCCGCAGCGCGGACGUGGACUGCCUGAAGAAGUACACGGAGCGCCGCGUGGAGGAGCGCCGGCACACGGAGAUCAGCGACGCCAGCAAGCUGGACACCUCCAAGUGGGCGCCGCUGCC